AUGCUCUAAAUUUAAAUAGGGGACAUUAUCGACAAUCAAUACGAAAUAAUAAAGAAACUGUCACAAGGUUCAUUUGGAAUAGUUUUUUACGGGAAAAGCAUUAAAACAAACAAAGGAGUCGCAAUUAAGGUGGAGAGAAAGGAGAUGGCAAGUUUUGGCACUCUUGUGCGUGAAAUCGAAAUGUUGGGUAAAUUGAAGGGAGUUCCAUCAAUUCCUGAAUUGUUGUGGCAUGGCGAGUAUAAGAAAUGCAACAUCAUGGUAAUGAAAAUGCUGGGACACGAUCUCAUCUACUAUCAGAAACAGUCAGGCCAAUUGUCGUCGUAAUGCAUUAAUAGUAUUGCUUACCAAUUGCUGUGGAUUUUGGAAUAGAUGCACAAAAAGUAUAAUAAAAUCAUUUAUGUCAGGAAUAUAAUUCAUAGGGACAUCAAACCAGAAAAUAUUUUGAGUAAAAAUGGCUCAGACAAGAUUUAUUUGAUUGAUUUCGGAAUUUCAAAAGACACCGAUUCAAAUUUCACACACAAAAAGAAAUAAUUCUCAUUUAUCGGCACAAGCAGAUACGCCAGUCUCGCAGCCCAUCAAGGAAUAGAACAAACACUCAAGGACGACCUCGAAUCCCUUGGGUAUGUACUGAUCUACUUAACCACACAACACUUGCCUUGGAUGAAAAUCGAAAAAGCAGACGAUCAAAGAUUAGACAAAAUUGGUAGGCUGAAAGAAAAUGUCUUAUUGGAAGAUUUGUGUUUCGGGUGUCCCAAUUCAAUGCUUAAGUAUAUGAAAUAUGUUAAGGAACUAAAGCCAAGUGCUAAACCCAAGUACGCUAUGCUGAGAGGUUUGUUCCUAUCCAAGUUACAAAACACAGUUGAAUUGGGAUUGGAUUGGACCAAUUAAGCAAUCAAAUAAGAAAAGAAGAAACACCACAAAAAACAGAGGAACUCCUGUGAACUGAAUUUCUAGAGCUGCGUGACUAUUAGGAAACCAUUUAUGGGCGAAACCUAAAUCAACUUAAAUGUCAAAACUAUUGCUGCUCAAGAGGAAUAAGUGAUAUCAUCUGAUAAUCUAACUAGCCAAGUGCAGUUUAGUAUUGUGGAGACGCAAGGAAGCAAAAAUAGUGUUAAGGUUGGGUUUUCAUCUUCGGACAUUAUGGAAUGCUUGGCUGUUUAAUAAAACAAUAAUAUGGCUCGUAUAUCUACUUUUGAAGGCAUCGCUGAAGCAAACCCGCUGUUGCCUUAAAAUUUCGAAAAGCAAUUAAUGGAAAAAGAAAGCUAGGAUUUAGAAAUUAAAUAUAACCUACUUCACUUUACAUCAGUAUAUUUUAAUUUUAAGAACCCUAUUCAGCAAAAUACUAUCAAGUAAAACUAUUAAGUUAAUGUGAUCAAAUCUAUUAAUUGA